AUGCUCGUCCUUCUUCUCUGCCACAGUGCCACUCCCACCCGGCCACGAGAGAUCACGGAAGAGGUCCAGAGAGUCAGUGAGACUUCGCUCGAUGACAUAAAAGUAACUGCACUCUUACAAUUAGCAUCUCUUGGAGAUGAAUGGAUCUCGCACAAUUUCCUAAGUCUACAAAGUUGGCUGCAAGCUCAUUACUCACCACCAAUUGUUCGUUCCUCGGGCACCACUCAGAAACGGCUUGUUCUCAGUGAAUUCCAACGAGCAUCUGGUCUGCUCGACUUCAUCAGCUUGAGUUCCUUUGGUUCCCUCAGAAUGUCUCCUUCGGACGUCCCGGACCCUAUCUCUCCGACUUCUGCUAGCGCUGGUCUCCCCUCCGAUCCAGCGUACUCCACUCUAAGUGCAUGCCUGAAUGGACCCUUGAACCGGAAAACUGUGUCUUCGGGUACCGUGAUCUCUUUGGCGGAUCUUAGAUCACCUUCCUCUGACUUGCCUCCAACCCCCAAAACUCCUGAUUUUGGAGGGGAAAAUCAAACGAGUCACCGCGCAGAUGGGACUUAUGUACUCCCUGUCCAUCCUCUAUCUGAUCACAUAAAAAAUGAUGUUAAUAGACGCAAGGAGCAAAAUCGAAACGCCCAACGAGCAUUUCGAGAAAGGAAAGAGAAGCGUCUCCAAGAUCUCCAAGGCCGAAUUGAAACGUUGGUCGCAAAACAGCAACCUCUUGCAGAAGAGAAUCGUUGUUUGAAGCAGCUCGUUCAUCAACUGCAAGCGGAAAAUCGAGACUUGAAUGCCUACAAAACAGCCUUCAACUUGAUUGCCUCCGAUAGUCUUCCCAACUCCGCCUCGCCGCUUCCACCUGAAAUGCAAUCCCAACCUCCCCCGACCAUCAACACUAGCAACGGUUAUCCUGAAUCUACUCCGUUAUUGCAAUUCUCCUCCCUACGCCAUACUGCCAUGGAUCGCAAUAAUUUGGAUACUUGUUCGCAGGCCUCGAUAGCUUCGCAGUCCUCCGGCACAGACUCUCCAUUCCCUCAUCCAACUCCCGGCGGGACAUCUCAGCCAAUGCUUCUAUCGGUUGAAUAUCCUGACAUGACCUCGAUCAUGCCUCCCCUAGCCGGUGAGGGGCACGGUUCAGACAAAAUGGGCUCGGUUAAGAUGUGCGACUUUUCAAAUACCACCUAUCUCGAACAAGCACAACCUCAGCCAAAAAACUCUUACAUUUUCGGGACUUCUUCAGAUGUCAGCGGUUCUCUGCCAGCAUCUGAGGCACCCUCAGGCUCCACCAUUCAUGAGCUUCAGAAUUGGUACAACGAAAUCAAUUUUCCAGGAUCCAAGUAA